UAUGUUGUACAAAUAUAAAGGAGAAAGUUUUUUUAUUAUUUCAAUAUGUCGGUCGCCGACUCAAGCUGAAAAGGGAAACAAAAGUCACACCGUAGCACCGUGACCCGUGGCUUUUGAAGUGUAAAAAAUAUCUAGUGUUGUAUUUCGAAAUCUCGUCACAACACAGAUAGUGUUACUGGCUAUGGAAUUUGAGUCGGAGGUUUUUUAUAAUAUUAAACAUACAUAACAUCGAGCAGUCAAAUCCGCUACAGGUUUCGAGGCUCUCGGUGUUUCAAACUGUAAUCAGAAAUGGCAUUUGCAAACCGAAGACGAGGUAGAGACUGCAGUCAUGAAGUGUGCUGCAAGUUGACAGUGAUCUAUGUCACAGGGCAUGGAUUCUCCAUCAGCAAAAUUUUGGCUAAGUACAGACCAUGGGAUGAGGUGGACAAACAGUUUAUCAAAUGGUUUCGUAUUCCGUCGGAACAAUAUAAACGAAUCGAUAACGACAGUCCACUUUUCUCAACUUUGAAAACAUUUACGGCAUUCACAAUAUCAGCACUGCCGGUUUCCAAACAAGUGGUUUCAGAAAUCCACCAAGAAGUUGCAACUGCAGUAAAGAAAUGUGGUUGCAACGGAAUCAACACAAUAGUGAUAGCGCAUAGCCAUGGGGCUAAAUGCGUACAGGAGGCAUUUCGCUCAUUCACGGGAAAUCCAGGGGAAAUGAGGAAUUUGUACAAUAAAGUCAGUAUUUUGACGUUCGGUGCGACAUGCUUGAUUGAUAAGCAAAUGGUAAAGGUCACAAGAAAUUUCUUCUUUGUAAACGACAACGUAUUCAAUAUUUGCCACUGGCAGCAGAUUUCAGAAGAAAGGUACAACAUGGUGCAGCUUGGGCCUUUUGAAAGGGAAAAUGAGAUUAAGUUCUCCUGCACGUGCUGUAGGGUAGCACAGCCGUUGAGUGAUAAUACCGAAGUAAACGUAGAGGUUAAUCUUGGAGGACGUACUAAUGUUCGAAGCAUGAUUAAUCUAUACGAUGCGGGUCUGGCACCAAUAUCCUACCACCGGGCAUCAGCUGUUGAUCCAGUACAACAAGACCCACAGCAGCCACAAGGCCAGGGCGGAUACUUCGGCGGUCUUAAACCUAUCGCCCACUACGCUGGGGAGUACAUUGAGUGUAGAAUGAUGAAAAGACAUAUAGAAGAUACUUUCAAACUGAUACAAGGCUCCGGUUAAAAAGUGUAACUUGAUCAGCGAUCUUUUGUAAAUAAGAAAUUGACAGAAUUGUUCCGACGAGCAAAAGUGUAAAUUUAUAUUGUAUUGUUGUGGUUCCUCCGUGAGUAUAAAAGCUUACUGUUUAAAAAAUCCCCAAAAAUAGUCCGCCACAAGUAACAUACAUGGUAACUCGUAACCUGGCGCGAGGUGUAUAUGAAGCAGGACAUCCGUGUUAUAACGACUUUCGUUUUCCAGCCACGCGAGGAUAAAACAAGUUACAUCACUGUUGUACUUUACUCUUAUCGCAUUGAUUAUUUCUUAACCAGCAAAACACAUUAAUUUUCUGUGUCGGUAUUGUGAGAUGAAUGACUGUAUGCAAUAACAUUAUCCUUUGUGCCAAAAGCCACAUUAAAAGCUGUCGUUGUCUUUUUCCAUAUAAGUCCUUAUCAUGCCGCUCACGUACGAAUAAUUAAUCUUUUAAGCCGUGAAUAAAUUCCUUGCCGGAAGAAAGCGCCUGAAAGUUCAAAACUGUUUUGACUAAAUUCCAAUAACGUAUAUCGCCAUGUGUAGCACGAUAACUCUUACGAACGCUAAUGGCUGUCAUUACGUCUGGACAUACAUUCGUUCCAACCUUAAUUUUCAUAUCACGAUGGAUCGAAGACGAUAUUUCAUGACGUCAGCAGAAUUUGUUUCAAAACUAUCAUCACGACUUACAAUGAUAUGACAAUUUGUGUCACGGAUUUAAAACGCAGUUUGAAAUCGGCAUAGAUAGAAACUGCAGGAUGAGAUUUUGUGGUCGGUUAUUCUUUCUAAGCGCAGUGCUGUGUAUUGUACAACAGAAUGGGACAUUGGCGUGGUUUUGGCCAACCGGACCGUGUACGGAUAGUACUUGCGUACUUUCCCAGUGGUCGGUAUGGAGCAGUUGUACAUUGACGUGUGGGUUUGGUUUGACUACACGAACAAGAAGCGUCAGCACAAGACAGAGUUGCACAGGUUCGCCUUGCAAUGAUAGAAGAACGGAGAUUCAAUCUUGUUAUCCACGUUGUUGCCCAGUGAAUUGUCGAUGGGAAAACUGGUUGACAUGGUCGUCGUGUUCAACUUCGUGUGGUGGGGGUGUUCAGACCAGAGCAAGGAAUUAUGCGAGAGUGGCAAGUUGUGGUGGAACAUGCGUCGGGGAAAGCGAAGAGACAAGAGCAUGUAAUACUGCAUGCUGUCCAGUAGAUUGUGUAUGGGAUUCAUGGGCAUCUUAUGGUACAUGUUCUGCUUCUUGUGGCGGAGGGAGGCAAGGAAGAGAACGAGUCAUUCUAGUAAAUGCUGCUUGUGGCGGAAGGCAAUGCUCGGGUCCUGAAACAGAGUCACGAACUUGUAACGAUUUAAACUGCCCGAGAAAUUGCUUGUGGGAGAUGUGGGAAGCUUGGGGAGAUUGUAGUGUUACGUGUGGCGGUGGGGUGCAAUAUAGAAGAAGGCGAGUAAAUUUACAAGCCAUACAUGGAGGUUCGGCAUGCAUGGGAAGCUCAGUAAUGUCAAGGUAUUGCAAUAGUGAGUGUUGUCCUGUGAAUUGCCGAUGGGGGUCGUGGAAUAGUUGGAGUGACUGCUCAAAGUCUUGUGAGAAUGGUACACGACAACGGACGAGAAAUUUCGCGGUCGAGGGCGCAUGUGGUGGUACUGCAUGUAUAGGAAUGAAUACAUCAGUUGAGACGUGUAACCAAGUGUGCUGUCCUGUACACUGCGCGUGGAGUGAUUGGACAAACUGGGAAAGUUGCAGCAGACCGUGUGGAAACGGAACACAAUCUCGGAGAAGAACAGAAUCCAUAUCUUCACUGUGUAAUGGGGACGUGUGUGCUGGGAAAGCAAACGACACGAGAAUGUGUAAUACACACUGCUGUCCUGGUAUGAACAAUACGGGUUAAAAAUGAUGGCUUCUAUGUGACAGUUUUGUUUUAUUAUACGGAUUUAAUUAAGGCUUGUGGUUGCUACCCGUGGGGGCGUAUGUGUACUUGGGUGGGUAAGACACUUAACAUCUAUUGCUCUAACCCAGUGGUUCCUAAGGAGUUUGUCGAAACUGUCAGCAAUACAUUAAAACCAUUAAAAAGUACCAACCACCCACAAAGUUAUAUACGUGCUGGUAACUCGUCAGCGGGCACGAAAUGAAUACCCGUGUUAUAACGACUGCCGU